GCUAAAAAAAACGCGUCCGUUUAUAUCAUUGACGAAGCUGUGUCUUCUAGUCGUAAAGAUCACCGGCCCACUUGUCAUCCAACCUCCUCCCACUGCCACACGCACCACCAUGAAGCCAAUACUUCUCCUCCUCCUACUCUCCUCCCUCUCCUACUCCGUCGCCACCACAGCCUAUCCUUCUAUUCCGGGCACCACCUCCGUCGAAUACGCCGCCGAAACCGACACCCUGAUCCCUCCUCGCCGUGAAGUUUACGGCAAUGGACGAAUCUUCGACAUCAGCCACCGGUACAGCACCACCAUGCCUGCCUUUGAAACCAACGACGGUGUCGGCCAGUUCCUUUGGCUCCCCAACAGCAUGAAGAACGGCUCCAUCGCCAACAACUCUGAGAUGAAGCUGCCCACUCACACUGGUACCCACGUCGAUGCCCCGGGCCACGUCUUCGAUCACUACUUCGAUGCCGGCUUCGAUGUCGAUACCCUUGACUUGGAUGUGCUUAAUGGUCCUGCAUUGCUAGUUGACGUUCCGAGGGAGAAGAACAUAACCGCUGAGGUUAUGAAGUCCUUACAUAUUCCCAAGGGGGUACAUCGUGUGCUGUUCAGAACAUUAAACACAGACAGACGGCUUAUGUUCCAAAAGGAGUUUGACAGCAGCUAUGUGGGAUUUAUGAGGGAUGGAGCACAGUGGUUGGUGGAGAACACUGACAUUAAACUUGUCGGAAUUGAUUACUUAUCCGUUGCUGCAUAUGAUGAUUUGAUUCCAUCCCACCUUGUUUUUCUAGAAGGCAGGGAAAUCAUUCUUGUUGAAGCCUUAAAACUGGAUGACGUCGAACCAGGAAUAUAUUCUGUCCACUGCUUACCUUUGAGGUUGCCGGGUGCAGAAGGGUCACCGAUAAGAUGCAUUCUUAUCAAGUGAUGCAUCUCGGUUACGCUUUUAUCUUUGAAAUGAUGAUCCCCCAAGGAGAAACAGCAUGGAAUAAGACGCUGAGACCCAAGUUUCAGGACAGCAGGGUUCUGAAUAUGAAUGUCCUCUGGAAUGUUUAUGUUGAUAGUUUUUGUGAAACUCAAAUGUAAUGUCAUUGCCGUAUUCUCACUGUAUAAUUUGGUGGUUUAAUCUCUCUUUAUAACAUGAAGUUUUUACGGGUUGUUGAUAAAAAGUUUUGUUUAUAUUAAUAUUUCCUUGAAAGAAUUAA